UUCUCUCGCUUUGCUGAUGCAUCAACUGCCAGCUCUGUUAACCUGUACGCCUCCCUGUUACAUCUCAAAGUGUCGCGUGUUGUUCCUCUCUGUUUGGCCGGACGAUAUGUGAAGCUUAGCCGCCGACUUCCUCAGACACCCUGGAUAGUUGAUGGCCAACGGAAAUUAGCUCACUCCGUCGAGGAAUGCAUCACCGAAGCCGUACUACCUGUAUUUGGACUUAAAACCCAGCUUCAAAAUCAAGUAACUGUCGUUGAAUUCAACCACUCGCCCCAAAUUGAUCCUGUUACAAGUGAACAGGAGAAAAACAAGUGCACAGAAAGUGAAGAGUGCUUGUCUAUAUCUUCCACGACACAUAAUGUUUUGGGCACCGAUUCAAUCAACUCUGGAACUGUUACUCGACAGUAUGUGUUUAUUAGUUCGGGCCGUGAAGAUGUGGAUGUUCGGUAG